AUGGCCGUGAGACUUAGUGCUAUGAGUUUGAUGCUGGGAACUCUCCUACUUGCUCUGGCUUCCAUCUCGACUACGUCUUUAGCAGCUAGAGUUAUCGUUGGUGACUCGGCACAUUGGACCUUCGGGUAUAACUACACAGAAUGGGCGAACAAAAGUUCCCCUUUCUAUCAAAAUGAUACCUUGGUGUUCAUGUACGAUCCUCCGAACAGCACCACGUUUCCACACAGCGUGUACCUGAUGAAGAACCUGCGCAGCUUUCUUGCGUGCGACCUGAGGAAGGCGAAGCUCGUGGCCAACGUCUUGCAAGGAGGCGGCGACGGCUUCGAGUUCGUCCUAAAGAAGAGGAAGCCACACUACUUCGCGUGCGGGGAGCGCAAUGGCAUUCAUUGCAGCGUUGGGCUGAUGAAGUUUGUUGUGUUACCUCUGAGGCGUUGCCAUGGCUGA